GCGGCUGGGUGCACGCAGUCGGAGGCGGCGCCGGCCAGGCCGCCGGGCGCCUAUGGACGCGCGGAGCCCGCUGUCUCCCCGGGCCAGCGCGUUCAGCAUCGCCUCUCUGGUUGCAGCAGAGGCCGUAGAGCGCACAGCUCGCCUGGGUCCCCGGUCCUCCGACCAGGCGAAGCUUCGCCGGCUGCUGGGAUCCCCGGCCGGGAUGCACUUCAGCACGGUCACCAGGGAUAUGGAAGCCUUCACGGCCAGCAGCCUGAGCAGCCUGGGGGCCGCGGGGGGCUUCCCGGGCGCCGCGUCGCCGGGCGCCGACCCGUACGGCCCACGCGAGCCCCCGCCGCCGCCGCGCUACGACCCUUGCGCCGCCGCCGCUGCCCCCGGCGCCCCGGGCCCGCCGCCGCACGCCUACCCGUUCGCGCCGGCCGCCGGGGCCGCCACCAGCGCCGCCGCCGAGCCCGAGGGCCCCGGGGCCAGCUGCGCGGCCGCCGCCAAGGCGCCGGUGAAGAAGAACGCGAAGGUGGCCAGCGUGAGCGUGCAGCUGGAGAUGAAGGCGCUGUGGGACGAGUUCAAUCAGCUGGGCACCGAGAUGAUCGUCACCAAGGCCGGCAGGCGCAUGUUCCCCACAUUUCAAGUGAAGCUCUUCGGCAUGGACCCCAUGGCCGACUACAUGCUCCUCAUGGACUUCGUUCCAGUGGACGACAAGCGCUACCGGUAUGCCUUCCACAGCUCCUCCUGGCUAGUAGCCGGGAAAGCAGACCCUGCCACACCAGGCCGUGUACACUACCACCCUGACUCGCCUGCCAAGGGUGCACAGUGGAUGAAGCAAAUUGUGUCCUUCGACAAGCUCAAGCUGACCAACAACCUGCUGGAUGACAACGGCCAUAUUAUUCUCAACUCCAUGCACAGAUACCAGCCCCGCUUCCAUGUUGUCUAUGUGGACCCACGCAAAGAUAGUGAGAAAUAUGCUGAGGAGAACUUUAAGACCUUUGUGUUUGAGGAGACUCGCUUCACUGCGGUCACUGCUUACCAGAACCAUCGGAUCACGCAGCUCAAGAUAGCCAGCAACCCUUUCGCCAAAGGCUUUCGAGACUGCGACCCGGAGGACUGGCCCCGAAACCACCGGCCCGGCGCGCUGCCGCUUAUGAGCGCCUUCGCUCGCUCCCGGAACCCGGUGGCCUCCCCCACACAGCCCAACGGGUCAGAGAAAGAGGCGGCCGAGGCUCGGCGAGAAUUCGAGCGGGACGCGGGUGGACCGGCUGUGCUCGGGGACCCGGCGCACCCGCCUCAGCUGCUGGCACGGGUGCUGAGCCCAGCGCUGCCCGGGGCCGGUGGCGCUGGCGGUCUCGUCCCGCUGCCCGGUGCACCCGGAGGCCGGCCCAGCCCUCCGCACCCGGAGCUGCGCCUGGAGGCGCCAGGCGCGUCGGAACCGCUGCACCACCACCCGUAUAAGUACCCGGCCGCCGCCUACGACCAUUACCUCGGGCCCAAGAGCCGGCCGGCGCCCUACCCGCUGCCGGGCCUGCGCGGCCACGGCUACCACCCGCACACGCACACGCACGCGCACCCGCACCACCACCACCCCGCCGUGAGCCCAGCCGCCGCCGCUGCCGCCGCCGCCGCCGCCGCUGCCGCCGCCGCUGCCAACAUGUACUCGUCGGCCGGGGCCGCGCCGCCCGGCUCCUACGACUACUGCCCCAGAUAAUGCGGGCGCCCGCUGGCCGCUCCCCGCCCGGGGUCCCCGCACAGCCCUGAGGGCCGUCGGGGUUCCCGUCCACCCAGCCCCAAGGGCCUUCCAAGAACACGUUCCCCCAAGCCCCGGGGGCCAGUGCGGGUCUCCCCUUCCCCAGCCUCGAAGCCAUCGGGGUCCUCCACCUUCCAGCCCUGACAGCUGUCGAAGUAUAUGGUUCCCCAGUCCCGGGAGCCACCGCGGGUCCCUCCCCAGCCCCGAGGGCCACGGGGUCCGCGCCCGCCAGUGCCAAAGCGCCCGGUCAGCGGCGGAAGGAAGUGAUAUUUAUUGUUCUCCGCGAGACCGUGUCGCCCCCCCCCCCCUCCCCGGCCCGGCCGGCAGUUGCAGUGUAGACGAUCCGAGAGCCCGUCUGCAGGCGGUGUAGAUACGUGUAGAUAUUUGUAGAUACUGUAGAUACCGCGCCGGCGCCGACUUGA